AUGUCGACGCCAGACGGCGAUGUGGAUGAAUUAUUGAGCGCCGGGGACGAGAACACUGGGCUACUCCAACAUCUCGACUCUCUCAUGCAACCAGAAAUGUCGGAGUUCAACAACGGCCCGGAUGCGGGGCAGACUCCUGCCCCAAAUGAGGCUGCUCAGGUUCCAGCAACUUCGACUCCAUCUGAGGCUUCAGCUCCUCAGGUGGCUCAGGCUGAGGCUCCAGAGGGCAAUGAGGACAAGGGCAAUCAGAUCGCUCCAUGUGCAACACUGCGGAGGACGUUGGCGAAGAUGUGCCCGUGCGCGGAUGUGGGCAAGCAGAGAAGCUUUCAUGAUCAGGCCGCCCGCGCAGGCAAACUUAACGAAUUGCUGGAGCUCAUGGAACACGUCAACUCGUGGGAGGCCCACGGCAGCAGCGGCAAGUGCAGAGAAGAAAACGUUUCAAUGGAUUUCAUUGAGUAUUACAUGACCAAGGCUCCUUCCUACGAGCGGUUCUCGUCGGCAUGCCUGAACAAGGAGGCUGCCAUCCGAAAAUGGCGCCAUGACUUCAGCGACAUCAAAGUGAAUAAGACACAAGUCUGGUGCUUGGACGUCCCCAUGAUUGCUAAGCGCAAGGUUUCCGUCUAUGACGACGAGUCCGUUCAAGCACGGGGCAAUGUGACAACACAGCGGAAUCCAGCUGAGCAGCAGCUCGCGACAUUGCAGCAGACAAUGAACGAUCGCUUCAGCAGGCUGCUGGAUGAUAGUGAUGACCUGAUGCGUGGAGAUGUGCAGCGUGGUCCGGGUGCUGCCUCAUCAUCUGGCAGUGGCGGCACUCCCUCACUCGCCAUCACAAACACAUCUUCUUUCUUUGCUGCAUGUGGCUCUGGGGCCGGGGAGGGCCAGGGCCAAGGCGGCCAAGGCCAAGGCAACACCAAGAAACGACAGCCCAAAGCGGAAGCGAAAGGAAGGGCUGAGAAAAAGCUUUGCCCUGUUGCAGCAGCCAUCACAUGCAGACGGACGUCGCUCAAACUGUUCAACGAUGUGAAGGGCGAUCUCGAAAAAGCCAUCGCCGAAGCCAUAGGGGCCCAGGAAGCUGGGGAUGAUCCGGAAACAGCAGAAUUGGUCGAACUUGGGAGCCGUCUGGAGAUGGCCACUGGGCUGGGCACGAUGUGCUGCACGCGAGGGGAAAACGUCGCCGCCGCAGAGGAAGACAGCCGAGAGCUAGCUGAGCUGAUGAAGAAGGAUGAUUACUUCGCUGAUCAGCAGGCCAUGGGCGAGACUUGGACAAUUGGCCACAUCGCGCUCUUCCGUGCCAAGGCCGAUUUGCUUGGCUCGGCAGAGAUGGUGCAAGAGAAGUUCGAGUUGCAGAAGCAGUCGCUGGAGACCUUGAAAAAGGUGGCCAAAGCGGUUACAAGCGGAGCCCGUCAGUAUAGCUCCUCCAAGCUCGCGAUUCGGAAGGCUAAAGAAGCCGAAGCGAAGGCCCAGCGAUUGGAGACCCAGCGUUUGCAGAAGAAGCGUCAGAAGGAAGCUGAACGAGAUCAACGACUUCAAGCUCGGAAAGCCAAGGCAGCGAAGAAAGCCGAGAAGGAUGGCGAGGAAGAUGAGGAUGAGGGAGGUGAAGACAAUCGGAGCGGGAAGAGACGAAGAUCAUCGGCCAAAUCACUCAUGUCUGAGCUGACGGAUGCGGAUCCGAACAUCUUGAAAUGCACCUUCGAAGAUUUCCAAGUGCCGGACACUUCCCUCGAAGGGAAAGAGUUGACGGCAGCGAAUUUAUCGAUUUUAAACCUAUUGAAGGCCUUCAUCACCGACGCUUGCCAAGCAUUCGAAAGCGGCGACAAGGUCCGCGUGCAGCAGCCGGUGCCACAAGCGGAUUUUGACUAUGGCGAAGACCUUGCAUUGGCAUUGCGUGUCCAGAACGAACUCGAAGAGAUCAACGAUGUUCGCUUGAGGGAGCCUGUGAUCGAUGCUGGUGUUGGAUCUCUGCGUGAUUUCCUGAACACAAAAAACAAAGACGCAGAAUCACAAAAGGCUCUCGUGGACAAAUACUGUCUCCCGACCCUGUACGGGUUGAAGAAAGGCAGUGUGGCUACCCUCAGCUCGCAUGGCGGCAGUGCUAUGGUGCAGAUCCAAGCGGAGGGUCAUAGAUUGAUUUCGCUGGCACGGGUUCAAGAUCUCGUCACCGGCUGCGAACAAUGCGAUGUCCUGAUGGUCCCCCCGGCGUAUGUCAUGACAGAAAAGGCCAUCACGAGUCACAACUUCGGUGUCAGGAAUGCGAUCGUGGCAGUGGCCAAGGCCAAGGGAAAGGCCACGGCCAAGGCCAAGGCCAAGGGCAAGGGCAGGAAGCGGAAGAAUGACGAGGUGGACGAAGCGGAUGACGAGGAGGUCGAGGAGGGGAAGCAAGCAAAACCAGAGAAGAAUGAGAAGCCUGGCUCAGCGAAGAAAGAAAAGAAAGACAAGAAAGACCAGAAAGAAAAGAAGGACAAAAAGGAAAAGAAAGACAAAAAGGGCAAAAAGGACAAAAAGGACACGACGGCAAACACAGGCGGGUAUAUCCAAGUGUAUCCAGUGUCCCCGAUGGGUCCGAACGACCGAACCCUGAGCGUACAGCUGUCCCGUCUUCGUAAACCGAGGCGCUAUAGACUCUGGCCUUAG